AUGUGGUCGUCGUUCUUAGGGGUAGUGGUAUUAUCGUCAGUGGUCAGCGCGUGUACGCCUAGUUUGACCACGGUGAGCGGUACACACGCUCCGAUCACUGUAUGCUCUGGAGCCCUAAUUUUCGCUGAUGACUUCGAAGAAUUCGAUCUCGAAAAAUGGCAACAUGAAAACACUUUGGCUGGUGGUGGUAAUUGGGAAUUUCAAUACUACAACAACAAUAGAACAAACUCAUUCACACAUAGCGGAAGGUUAUUUAUUCGACCAUCAUUGACGUCAGAUCAGUUUGGGGAGUAUUUUCUUGCAAAUGGUCACCUCAACAUUGAAGGUGGAGCUCCUGCCGACCGGUGCACUAAUCCUCUAUGGUAUGGAUGCGAGCGUACCGGUUCGCAUUCAAAUAUCCUAAACCCAAUCAAAAGCGCCCGUAUCCGCACGGUAAACUCGUUCAGUUUUCGCUAUGGUAGAGUUGAGGUCCGCGCCAAGAUGCCCGCCGGUGACUGGUUGUGGCCAGCGAUUUGGCUUAUGCCCGCUUACAAUACAUACGGCAGUUGGCCAGCGUCUGGAGAGAUCGACCUCGUGGAGUCGCGCGGGAACCGCAACUUGCUCAACAACGGCGUCCACAUCGGGACACAGGAGGCGGGAUCUACAUUACACUACGGGCCCUAUCCCGAACUAAACGGUUGGGAGCGAGCCCACUGGGUUAGAAGGAAAUCUAGUGGUUACGAUCGAGAGUUCCAUCGCUAUCAACUAGAAUGGACUCCAGACUUUUUAAGAUUCAGCAUCGACGAUGUGGAACUUGGUCGAGUAGCACCUGGUAACGGAGGCUUUUGGCAAUACGGCGGUUUUAAUAGCAACCCUAACAUCGAAAACCCAUGGCGAUAUGGAUCUAAAAUGGCACCUUUCGACCAAAAGUUUUACUUAAUCAUCAACUUAGCCGUGGGUGGUACUAAUGGUUUCUUCCCCGACGGAAUAUACAAUCCCACCCCCAAACCAUGGUCGAACAAUUCACCAAGAGCCGCUACUGAUUUCUGGAACGGGCGAUCAGGCUGGCUCCCUACCUGGAACCUGAACCAAAACGACGGGCAAGACGCGUCUCUUCAAGUCGACUAUGUACGAGUGUGGGCUUUGUAAAAAGAUAAUAACAAUAUAAAAAAGAACUACAUACAAAAUCUA